CCGCCUGCCUCCCGAGACACGGCAUCAGUGCUGAGCGAGGCCUCCGAGCCGAAACGGCGCAGCACAGAGAUCUCAGACACAUGGCGAUCACAAAGGGCUUGAUUCUGUCCCUCUGCUGGGGUCUGACCCUGGCCGGAGGACUCGGCGGCGGCGGCGGAGGCUUCAGUGGCGGUGGCGGUGGCUACGGUGGUGGUGGCGGCGGCGGAUUUGGAGGCGGGUUCGGUGGAGGCCACGGCGGAGGUGGAUUCGAUGGUGGCCAUGGAGGAGGCGGAGGCGGCGGCCACGCCGUCAGCGUCCAAGCCAUCGAAGUUCCUUCAACCGUGGUCAGCGGAGGCGGCGGCGGUGGCGGAGGUGCCAUCGGUGGUGGAGGAGGGGGUGGAGACACCGCCAACGUCAUCGUCAUCAAGAAUGGAGGAGGUGGCGGUGGAGGAGGAGGUGGUGGAGGCGGCGGCAGGCUAGUCACUACGCUACGUCGCUUCACCGCCCACGUCGACACCAGCUCGGUGCCCAUAGACUUCCAGCAUGUUCAGAUUCCGAACAAGUUCCCUAGCAAGCCGAUCAGGCCCCGCGUCGGCCCCGUAGGCUACGUGGUCGCCAUGGAAGGCCAAGCCCAAGUUCAGGGCGGCGGUGGUGGAGGAGGAGGCGGAGGCGGCUUCGGUGGCGGCUUCGGAGGCGGCUUCGGAGGCGGUGCUGGAGGUGGUUUCGGCGGCGGCGGUGGCGGCGGCGGUGGCGAUGGUGGUCAUGAGGUGUACGAAGUCAAGGCUGUAUCCAGCGGAGGCGGUGGUGGUGGUGGAUUCGGAGGUGGCUACGGCGGCGGCGGUGGCGGUGGUUUCGGCGGUGGACAUGGUGGAGGAUUCGGCGGUGGUCUCGGCGGCGGUCUUGGCGGCGGUCUUGGCGGCGGUUUCGGCGGAGGCCAUGGCGGCGGCGGAGGCGGCGGAGGCGGCGGUGCCAACUUGCAGCAAGUCCCCGUGCACGAAGAGACCAAGACACACGCAGCGCCCGUCGGCGGUGGCGGCUAUGGCGGAGGCGGAGGCUAUGGUGGUGGACACGGUGGCGGCGGCGGCGGAGGUGCGCAGGUUCACAGCGUCGAGGUUGUCAAGGUCGCCGAAGGAGGUGGUGGCGGCGGCGGCGGAUUCGGAGGCGGCUAUGGCGGUGGCGGAGGAGGCCACGGAGGACAUGGCGGUGGAUGGCAAUGAGCGGGUUUCCCAAACACACACUGUGAUUCAGCCGACCACUGCACUUGCCGCAGCGAAUUUGGAGAGGCUGCCUGCCGCAAAGCAAGCAGGCCUCUUCAUCCAGAGCACACCCGCCAUGGUUCAGCGCAAGAACGUCUUCACGCACUCGAAUGAACCACGCAGAAAGGCACAGGUGCCACGCUCUCCGGGAUUGUGUAAUAUAUUGUUGACCUCACGCGCCCGCGGCCUUCCGCGGGACUUCACGGCGCUCACCUCACCGCCAUUGUUAAUAAAAUAUAUUGUACAUAUUGUAAAAAGACAA